UCCCCCGAUCAGAGGGCUGCUAUGCAGCAGUCAGGUCAAGAGCCAGAGAUAUGGGUUGGGGAGAGGCAAGGAACAAACCCAUAGGCCUUGUCCAUCUCUGACCUGGGGGUCAAAGCAGCCUGCGUCCUCAAGACCUCUAAAUGCUUCAUGCCUGUGUCCUUUGGAACUGCUCUGGAAGAGGGAUGGAGAGAGAAAGGCCCCUGGGUUCCGGGAGUGUGGGGCCGGUCCAUCUUGCCUAACUUUGCCCCCAGCGUCUGGAAUGGCUUAUUAGAAGUGGUGGACCUGGCCACGGCAGACCUGGAGGAGGUGGCCCAGAGGUGUGGCUUGUCUUACAAGGCCCUGGUUGCCCUGAGGCGGGUGCUGCUGGCUCAGUUCUCAGCUUUCCCCUUGAAUGGCGCGGACCUCUAUGAGGAACUGAAGACCUCCACUGCCAUCCUGUCCACCGGCAUUGGAAGCCUGGAUAAACUGCUGGAUGCUGGUCUCUAUACUGGAGAAGUGACUGAAAUCGUAGGGGGCCCAGGUAGUGGCAAAACCCAGGUGUGUCUUUGUGUGGCUGCACAUGUGGCCCACAGCCUGCAGCAGAACGUCCUGUACAUUGACUGCAAUGGAGGCCUGACGGCCUUGCGCCUCCUCCAGCUGCUGCAGGCCAGGACCCAGGAUGAAGAGGAACAGGCAGGAGCUCUCCAGAGGAUCCAGGUCGCACAUGCGUUUGACGUCUUCCAGACGCUAGACCAGCUGCAGGACCUCCGAGGCGCUGUGGCCCAGCAGGUGACCGGCUCUUCAGGGACCGUGAAGGUGGUGGUUGUGGACUCCAUUGCUGCGGUGGUCUCCCCGCUUCUGGGAGGGCAGCAGAGGGAAGGCUUGGCUUUGAUGAUGCAGCUGGCCCGAGAGCUGAAGACCCUGGCCCGGGACCUCAGCGUCGCAGUGGUGGUGACCAACCACAUGACCCGAGACAGGGACAGUGGAAGGCUCAAACCUGCACUGGGACGCUCUUGGAGCUUUGUGCCCAGCACCCGGGUUCUCCUGGACAGCAUUGACGGAACAGGAGCAUCAGGCAGAAGCCUGCGCAUGGCGUGUCUGACCAAGUCACCCCGUCAGCCAACAGGGCUCCAGGAGGUCAUGGACAUUAGCACCUGGGGGACUUCAGAGCAGAGCCCAGUGUUACAGGGAGAGCAGACGUGACUGGUGCUGUUGAUCAGGAAUGAGGGAUGCGUGGAGCAAUGGACUGCUGUUCGCUGCCACCUAGUCCCUGGACUGCAGGAGUUCACAGGUGCCCAGAGGUCCCCUCACUGUGGAAGCACACUGAGCCACAGAACAGAGGAUGCCCAGAAGCCCAAGCUGGUGCUAAGUCCCUUCCUUCACACCUACCAUCUGUGUUUCCAGGUGAAGCUGAAUCCUCCCUGGCUAGGGCAUUUCUAAAAACACCACACUAGGGCCGGGGCUUUGGCUUAGUGGUUCUGCUGCCUGACUUGCAAGCACAAGGGCCUGAGUUUGAUCCCCGGUACCAAAAAUAAAUAAAUAAAAUAAAGUAAAAACACCACACUAGUGACAGAUGGAUGGCCCCAGGUGUCACCAUCAGAGCCUGUGCUCAAUCCUAGCACAGGGUUUAAAUCUGGGAAGCCACACUAGCCUGCCUUUGCCCCCCACUUCCUCCCCCUCCCUUCCUCCCUCCUUCCCCGCCUCCCCUCUGCCUGUUUUUGUUUUGGAGACUCGCUUUCCCUCACCUCUAUUUCUGAGUUACUGAGUGGAAAACCUCAAAUGAAUGUAAAACUCUUCAUCAUGUUCUACUCUUAAUGGGAUAUAAAAAGAAAAUUCCUGGAGCCCCAGAGCCACCUGAUUUCUCCCCCAGAAGGUUGUUUUUCCGAUCCCCUAGUGAGCUUCCCCACAGAAUGAUAUUCCUUUCUUCUUUUCGGUUUGGUUUCACACACCUGCAUGCGUCCUCACGGCGACUAGGUGAGAAUGCAGGCUGGAAGCUGUCCCAGGGAUAUAAUUUAUCAGGAAGGAAGGAUAUGACCCAUUUCUAGUGAAUCCAGCCACUUGUUUAAUAUGCUCGAUGCCCUGUAGGGCCCUUCCGCAGUAUAGAAUAACCAGAGGUGCCAAACCAUGGCCUUGCCCAUAAACAGACAGAGGAGAUUUUGCACAAUAAAUAGAGCCAGCUGGGAAAAUUGAUGCCGGCGUAAAUAAUACAUGGCAAAUCUAGUCUUUUAUGCAUAAAUUCAUUGCUGGUAGCUCUGAGAUGCAAUAUAAUUACAUCUUUCUUCCUGCCAGCUGUACCACUGCCUUGUGCCUUAGUGUAUAAAAUAACCCCCUAUCUGUUACCAGCACUGUGGCCAUCCGUCUGAGAGUCAUAAGCCUGGCUGGCUGGGAUGGGAGGAUGACACUAGAGAACAGAAAAUAAAAGAUGUCCCCCCAAAGCCUCAUGCUUUUUCAGAGGUGGCUGAAUCUAGAGUGUGUGAUUGAUUCAUGGUGGGGCUGGGGCUGAGGGCACUGGGAUUAGGACAUAAGUGCUACCUGCCCCGAGUAGUCCGAAUAAGAUAAAAGGGGCAGAAAGAUGCGGUUAAGGUCUCUUGUUGCUUUUGCUAUGAUGUGGGUGCCAUGAACUGUUUCUCCUCUGAGGUGCCCCUCUCAUAUCUGCAACCCUGCCUUAGAGCCAGCUGAUUAUGGAUCAAAACCUCAACAAACUGUGAGCUAAAUAAGCCUUCCUCCCUUUAACUUUAGGUGUUGGGUAUUUUGUCUCAGCAAGAACAAAAGUAAGUAAGAUGGUUAUUACCACUUUGUAUUUUGUUUGGGGUUUUGGUUUUUGUUUUGGCAACAC